GUUUUGCUUGUGGAAGACAGCAACAUCGUCGAUAUCGAAACCACAUUCCGACAACUAUCAUGGUUACAGUGGAUGAUAGACCCCGAUUGACGGAGGAGGAAAAGAAGCAGAAUCAUAUUCAAUCUGAGCACAAGCGACGAACGCAAAUCCGCAAUGGCCUUGAAGCCGUCAGCAAGAUAGUCCCCGGCUGCGAAAACCUGCAACGGUCCGAGGGCGUUCUGCUCCACAAGUUGGUUGAAUUUAUGGCGGUCCACAUGGAGGAGAGACAGAAGAUGAUUGAGGAGCUGGAGAGCUUGGGGGAGGAAGUUGAUCUUCAGAUGAAAGUGUGCCUGAGGAAUUUGGAUGACUAUCAUAAGAACAGGAGUAAACCAGAGGAAGGGGCAAUGUCUGCUUCGAGGUCGCCAACGAAGGAACCGGGAGAGCAGCCGGGGGAACAGAGGGAGGGGGAUGAUUCGCAUGCGGGAUAUUGAGUGAUAACGGAGAGGGAAUCAGAGGUCGGGGGAAUGGAUUCGGAUGACCCGAUACGUCGAUGGUAUCAGGAGGAAGUGGUUAUGUUGUUGGCGCGAUGCUGCCCGUAACCGGGUGGAUUUUGGUGAUAAAAGCAUUCAGUAUAUACCCGUUUUGUUUUCGUUUUUUUGGUUACACAUAAUAUGACUUUCAGCGAUCGCCCCGG